AUAGCCCCAUGUUUAUAAACUCGUGUUGAGUCCAUCGGAAAAGUGGCGAUACUAUAUAAAAGAGUCAAACCCUUUCGUUAACGUCUAUCGUGAAAUUGGCUUUAUCGUGAGUUAUUUCAGUUAAGACAGAAAAUUUAUUAUUCUUUUAAAUAAAUUUUAAAAUGACAUAUUUUCAUGAAUAUUUACAUUUGUGAAUUAGACAAGGGUUGAUAUUGAUGCAAACGUUGAAAAACAAGUUUAGAAAAGUUAACUAAACAACGUACGAGGCAGAAAUUCUGUUGGAAUAAGAAAUAAGAAAAUAAAAUAUCUUAACAUAUCCGAUGGUCAGAGUAAUGACGAAUUGUACGACGCAGCUUUUAUUUUCACUUUCCUUGGUGUAUAUGGUGUCAUCAAUAUCAUCGCCUUCAUCAUCGGUAAAAUCAGAGAAAUCAAGAAAUAAGAGAUCAUUACUUUUGGAUAACCUAUUACGCCACAGAGUUCGUUGGAUGAAGCCUUAUAAAGACACUAGUAAACGAAAUGCGUUUGACGAGCUUGACUUUGAUCAACUACUAAACGAUCCAAUAUUUCAAGAUAUGGGCACUGGCGAUUAUGACUUUAAUGAGAUGGACAUGAAUACAUUUCCCGAUUAUAGUGACGACGCUCCCUACGAGAAAGACGACUUUUCUAACAUUCCUGAGCUCAACGACUUACCUCCUAUUGAGAAAGACGAGAUGUCGAACGUUAUUCCUGGUGCAAAGGGACCUUUUGACUUUCCAACAAAGCAAAACAGCCUUGACUAUCACAACCACGAUAUAUUCGGCAACUCUGAAAAGCUUCCAGCUUUUACAGAGAGCGUGCAUAUGUACAAUGUAGCGGAAACCCUUAUGGAUGAAUUUAUGCAAUUUAUAGACAUGAAGAACAUGGGUUUGCUGGACAAGUGCUUGAAGAACAAAUCCAAAAGAUGAAAAACAUUUUACUUAUGUGAAAUCAUAACAAAAUGGCACUUAAAGCCUUUGGUGACGACAUUAAUGACGAUAUUUAUGAAACACAAUUAAUUUUUCUAUACAUCAUAUAUUGUUUUCGUUUUGUAUAAGUUCAUUCCAUGCUAAAUAAAGUAUAAUUUUACAGAA